GGCACAGGACACGCGUCAUGCCAAGGGGAUUGGACGCUGCCGCAGCAGGGCUCAUCCGGCCCCACCGAGUCAUUAGUCACUCGCCCUCCUCAAUGUCACAGUCUCCCUCCUUCCCCCGAAGCACCCGGGCGCCUCCCUUCCCCCGCACCCGGGUGGGGUUCCCAGGCUCCUCCCCCGAGUUGUCUUGGAGUCCCCGCGCGCCCCCCACCGCUCGGUCCGCGGCUGCCAUGGCAACCGUACGCCGCCGCCACCGCCUCUUCACGCACGUCGGGAACUAACGGACUCCGCGGCGGCGGCUGCGGCGGCGGCCUGUGCCCCACCCCCACCCGGACCGCAUCACCCACAGCCGGCCGACCUGCGGCACGUAGUUCUCUUGAAGAAGAUGAAUUUGGCUGAGAUUUGUGACAAUGCAAAGAAAGGAAGAGAAUUUGCACUUCUUGGAAACUAUGACUCAUCAAUGGUAUAUUACCAGGGGGUGAUACAGCAGAUUCAGAGACAUUGCCAAUCAGUCAGAGACCCGGCUGUCAAAGGCAAAUGGCAACAGGUUCGGCAGGAAUUACUGGAAGAAUAUGAACAAGUUAAAAGUAUUGUCAGCACUUUGGAAAGUUUUAAAAUUGACAAGCCCCCAGAUUUCCCUGUGUCCUGUCAAGAUGAGCCAUUUAGAGAUCCUGCUGUUUGGCCGCCCCCUGUACCUGCGGAACACAGAGCUCCACCUCAGAUAAGGCGUCCCAAUCGAGAAGUAAGACCUCUGAGGAAAGAAAUGCCCGGACCGGGAGCCCGGGGACCGGUGGGCCGAGCACAUCCUAUAUCGAAGAGUGAAAAACCCUCCACCAGUAGAGACAAGGAUUAUAGAGCAAAAGGAAGAGAGGAUAAGGGAAGGAAGAAUAUGCAAGACGGUGCAAGUGAUGGUGAAAUUCCCAAAUUUGAUGGUGCGGGCUAUGAUAAGGAUCUGGUAGAAACUCUUGAGAGAGACAUCGUAUCCAGGAAUCCUAGCAUUCAUUGGGAUGACAUAGCAGAUUUGGAAGAAGCUAAGAAGUUGCUCAGGGAAGCUGUUGUUCUGCCAAUGUGGAUGCCUGACUUUUUCAAAGGGAUUAGAAGGCCGUGGAAGGGCGUACUGAUGGUUGGACCCCCCGGCACUGGGAAGACUAUGCUAGCUAAAGCUGUUGCCACCGAAUGUGGCACAACAUUCUUCAAUGUUUCCUCUUCUACAUUGACAUCUAAAUAUAGAGGUGAAUCUGAGAAGUUAGUCCGUCUGUUGUUUGAAAUGGCUAGAUUUUAUGCACCCACCACAAUCUUCAUUGAUGAGAUAGAUUCCAUCUGCAGUCGAAGAGGAACCUCUGAUGAACACGAGGCAAGUCGCAGAGUCAAGUCUGAACUACUCAUUCAGAUGGAUGGAGUUGGAGGAGCUUUAGAGAAUGAUGAUCCUUCCAAAAUGGUUAUGGUAUUGGCUGCUACUAAUUUCCCAUGGGACAUUGAUGAAGCUUUGAGAAGGAGAUUAGAAAAAAGGAUAUAUAUACCUCUCCCAACAGCAAAAGGAAGAACUGAGCUUCUGAAGAUCAAUCUUCGUGAGGUUGAACUGGCUCCUGACAUUCAGCUGGAAGAUAUAGCAGAAAAGAUUGAGGGCUAUUCUGGUGCUGAUAUAACUAAUGUUUGCAGGGAUGCCUCUUUAAUGGCAAUGAGACGGCGAAUCAAUGGCUUAGGUCCAGAAGAGAUCCGUGCACUUUCUAAAGAGGAACUUCAGAUGCCUGUUACCAAAGGAGACUUUGAAUUGGCUCUUAAGAAAAUUGCUAAGUCUGUCUCUGCUGCAGACUUGGAGAAGUAUGAAAAAUGGAUGGUUGAAUUUGGAUCUGCUUGAAUUUCUGUCAGCUCUUUCAUUUCUGGUAUUUUUACUUAUAAAAUGUGAAGAAAUUCCCUGCAGUUUUUUUUAAAAACAGGUUUAAAACUUCUCAUUGGAGAGAUUUUUCCCUUACAGGAAAAAAAAAAAAAAAAAAAAAAAACCCAAACCACCGAGAGUAUAACCGUAGUUGAGAAAUGAGAAGAGCUUACAUAGAGAGCCUGGUAGUCUCCACCACCUGGCUUUGCGCUGGUAUCCACAUGUGCACAUGUGAAUAGUGCACAUCUAAACCAAGGUGUCGGGGAGGCCGAAGGAAGCGCUCCGCGUGCUCUUGUAGAAACUUGUUUACAAAAGGUUCAGAGGGACCUCUUUUUCUCACGUGCGUCUGUUGGGUUUUUUUGCUUUGUUUUCUUCUAUUCUUUGCUCUGAACACGAGGGACCUGAUACGUUGACUUUUAACAGCAACACUGCAUUUGUGUCAAAUUCCUCGUUCAUUGUUAAAAACGAGAGUUUGGAAUUAAAUAACGAACUCGUUAGUUAAACCUUU